GAAUUUGGCUCGCGCUGCAGUGAGCAUGCGCAGUGCGGCGCGUGCUGCUGCCUUCAGUCAGUGGAGCAGCUGUCCAGGGUUUGGAAUUCCAACAUGGCAGAGGCUGUGGUCAGUCUUCCCUUCACUAACUUGGAAUGGUUUCAAAUCGCGAGCAGCCACGCUUAACCUUUCAGCCGCUCGUACCAGCCGUUCACGUGCACACUUUUACCGGAUCGAUGGUGUUAUAAGCCGUGACGCUGCCCUGUCACCUUCACAGGUAAGUUUUAUUCUUCUGUCUCUCAGUGAUGUUGACAAUUAGAAAGAGAAACGGAGCAGGGCUGUAACGUUACGCACGCGGAGAGGGAGGCUGUGUCGCGCGUCACGGAGCUGCAGCGCAGUCCGUGGUCAGUUAUUCCGCAUUUUCUGAGCCGAAAUUAUUUGUCAGCGCUGUGAGGAAUACUCUAGAAAUACUACCAAGUUCAGGAGAUGUUUGCAUUUAUACGGCUGGAACCUGCCUCUUGAAUAAGUUUGCAGCAUCGUGAAGUUUUUGCAUGUCAGUCUUAAUAAAACUUGCAGCGAUAUCCGCAGGCGGGAGGCUAAUAGAUGGAUUGUCAUUGCGCUCUUAGUGGGACAACUGCUGGCAAGUAAUCUAUUUUAAAAGUAAAGGGAGGGUGUGCAGGGGGGCAUCACGCUGCUUUAGCCUCUUCCUCUAAUAGGCGGCGUGAAGAAUGUGUGUUUUAUGUCAUCCACAGUCUCUCACAUGCUUCCUAUCCUCUUGUUCCAACUCGCGCAAGAAGUGACAGGCUGCAGCCGUGAAUGUGUGCCUCUAUUCCGCGUCUCCAUCCACGGCUAUGUGAAUUUUUUUUCCUUCUCUUUUUCUCAAAAUUUGAAGCCGCAUGUUUGUCCUUAAUUAAACGUCCUGAAUGACCAGCCGAGGACAGAAGAAAGGAGCGUGCGUUUUUUAAACUUGUGAAAUCCGAUAGCUGAGGGAAAAAAGUGCCUGUAAUGAGAAGCAACCUUUGGAAUUCCUCCUCGUGAAAAUUCCGAUUCUGCCUUUUUCCCCCUUCUCCUCUUGUUUUUAGGCUUGAAGACAUGAUCACUAGCACCAGUAUUUAUGGUAUGUCCAUUUUGCAAUUAUCACCAUAUUAUUGUUAUUACAUGUCAUAUUUUAGAUGAGGCUGUAUCACAUAAUGUAAUGUUUUUGUGUGUUUGUGCAUGUUUGGCUCAUCAAAAGUUGAAUUAUUUGGGGUGGAUAUAAUAGUGGUCAUGCUGUCAAGAUUGGGGCACAUUAAAAACUAACCAUAAAUGUGAUUAAUCUUAUAAACACUUGUCAAGGGAAGUAUUUGUAUUUGUUUUUGCUUCCCUUCAUUCUUGAUUUGCUGCUUAACUUUUUCAUUCUUAUUGCACUACUUUCUCAUUUUUGCAUGCACAGCUCUAAUAACUAUAUCAGUGUAUGAAAAAUACAAACAUAUCUCUAACAAUAGCACCAGGUUUCUAUUGGGUAAUAGAUAUGAUUUAAAGAGAGAUUUCAAAUUUUAAAUCCACUUUUUGUGUAGAAAUUUACUUUUUUAUUUUGUUUGGAUUUUGACUCAAUAACUGCCCCUUAAAUAAUCUACUUAUAAUAUUAUUCUUACAGAUUAAAAAAAAAUAUUUAGAAAUGUGUGGCAAAGCUGCAGCUCCAAAUAUCUCAUUAAUGUUAAAAAGAAUAUUUUGCAUCUGUCUUCAUGCCUGCUGUUUAUAUAAAAACAUAAAUUUAAUUUCAGUUCAUGACAUUUUAAUCAAUAACUGUUGAUAUAAAAAAUGAUUUUCAAGUAAAAACAAUAAAACAAAAUUUCACAUCUUGUUACAACUUUAAGAAAUAUUGCAGUUGAUCUUGUCUUACACUUAAUUUAAGAAUAUUUCUGUGUUUUGAUUGAGUUGCUGCUCUGUAAAACAGCUCAAUAAGGACUUGAAAUCUGAUUCCCUCCACAUAAGUCCAACUGCAGCAUCAGAAGUAGCUGUAAACCACUUGUCACACUCUAAAUGUAGCUCAGCAUUAAAAGAGAAAGUCAGGAGAAAGUAACAAGUUGUGUCUUUCUUUUUCCCAAACACGCUUCCCCCAGUAAAACCUUUUCCAACCUGCACUGAACAAUUUACUUAAUUGUGUCCACACAUUUCAUUUGCAUGUUUUGCUUGGAGAGGAAAUUAACCGUCAUCAGCAGUGAGCUGAAGUAUGUUUUCACUCCUCUUCAGAAAAAUAACAGCAUCGCAGCAUCCGUCACUCAGUGGAGAGGAAAAAAAAAUGUACAUUACAGUCACGUUCAUUAUGUUGGAGUGUUUGGUUGUAAUGUGUUUUUGCAAAGUGGGUUUUAAAUGUGUUAGUCAGAGUUUUAUGUGUUUCAUAUUUAGCCCUCCUCGCAUUAAUGUGUGUGGGUAUAUUUACGAGAAAACAUCUGCGGUUUGAGUUAGUCGGAUAUAAACUGGAUCGCAAAUAAUUGUGAGUGAUUCUCUAUCUCUAGAUUUGUGUUCAUAGAAUUAAAGUUACAUUCAAUUUCAAAAGUUAAGAGCCACUUCUCUUUCUUAUGACUAUCUUUCUGCACCCAAAACAACCCCAAAACAUUUUCUCAGAUCUUUUACCUUUAAUAUCCUAAUUAGCAAAUAAGCCAUGCAAGGCUCCAUGUGUGCUCUCCUGCAGCGUGUGAGGUGAUUCUUGCAGGUCCUUAUUUAACCCCACACACCUUCCGCUGUGCAUGGAAAAGCAGCUGACAGCUCUGUUUAUUUCUGAAAGGAGAGCACUUAUGAUAGCUAUCUAAGCUGUCGCACUGACACGAAAUCUCUGUACCGAAUUUGACAACAGAUGCUGACCCCUCCUGUUGUCAUCACCCCUCCUUACCGGGGUGUCACACAUGUUCACACUUUUAAGAGUGACUGUAAAUAAUAGCAAGAAGUUGUGUAGAGGAAACUAAAUAAAUGCGCCCACUUUUUCCCCCAGUGACUUAAAGAUUUAAAAAUAUAGUUGUUAUAUUUAGUUGAUUUAUAUCGAGAGAGGAGUUGCUUGCAGACUGUUGCAAUGACAAGGUUUUCUCCUUAUGGCGCCGUUAGUAUAUCUUCUUUAUUUUAUAGAAUUAUACAAAUUUAUUUAACAAACAUUUUUAAUGUAGGUUUAAAGUCUAAAUGCACAAUUAAAAAAAAAAAGCCACACCAGCUUUUUCUAUUUUCUCUCCUUUUUUUCUCUUUUUUUUUUGAGGUGCACUAUUUUUCUCCAAAAAAAUCCUUGUUCAUGUUUGUCCAAGGUUACAGCUAUUAUUACAUACAGAGAAUUUAUAAGCUAUAGUCAAUUCACUGUCAGGGUUCACUAACACAAACACAAACACAUCCUUUGCACGCGUCUUUUACAAGUCUCUAAACUCUGUAGCUGCAUGAAGAAGAGAAGCUGCUCCAAAUAAUUCGUCUAUAACCUGACCUGUGUGAGACUAUUACGGCUGAUCGCUAAAAUUGACAGCCACACUUGAACCAUUACUACAAGCAGAAUGUGUGUAUGACAGGCCCGGCACUUUCUAUGUGUGCUCUAAUGAUGACAAUUAAAGGCAUCUUCCUGAAUACCGUGAGCCGGUCUCUGUGUAAACACCCCCUGGGAUGUCUGUAGCGCUGCUGUAAAUUGAUGAAAUACUCAUCUUUACUGAUGGAUCAAUUUGUCUGGAACCACAUGAAAAUCCCACUCAGCCCCUUUUGACUGUGUUGUAUUAGAUCAGUGCAGGAUUGUCAUCUUUGAGCAGAUAUGUUAAGUGGUGUCUUUUAUUUGUCAUAUAAAAAGCCAGGGAGUCCCCAAUGGAGGCGGAAGACAUUAGCAAAAGGGACAAAAAAAACCUACAAGUAUUCCACGCUCCCCCUCCCUCCUUUUCCUUUUCCUUUCCUUCUUUUUCUCUCCAUGUGUCUGUCCAUCUUGUAUUCACAUCUCUGUCGUUUCCCUCAUGGCAGCCUGCUAUGUUAUCUUUGUGUGUUUCUCUCUCCGCACUGACAAUUCCUGCACUGAUCUAAGUUGGACUGCAUUAGAAAGUGGAGGCAGCUGUCUGUUGCUAUACUGAGGGACGUGUUUGCUCUACUGCAAAGAUGAAGGACCAUGAAUCCUUGACAUCCUCCCUUUUUCUCCCCCUCCUCCUCCUCCUCCUCCUCCUCCUACCAUCUCAUUUAGACACAGCGACUGUCUGCUCAGACUUGUUUUUUUUUCUUCUUUUCCUCUGAGUGACAGCAUAUGGCAUAGACAUUUUCUAAAAUGCAUGUGCCUACCACUGGCUGCUUGUACUUACCCUUCACAUGUCUGCUAGGUACAGGCCUGAAGUGUUAUUUCUGCCUCUGAAUCAAACAAAAUACACACUCCUCACGCUGCUUCAUAUGGAUUAAAAAAAGAUUACAUGUAGGGAAGCAAGUGGAUAUUUAGCCGUAGAUUUUCUCCUUGAUAUUUCUUGCUUUUAGUUCAGCACGUAUUUUUUAAAUGUAUAGUUUUUUUCUGUAGGAUUUGUGCAUGCAUGUUUUUAUGCAUGGUGUGUGUGCAUGCUCUUUUUGCAUGUAUGCAGGUCUGUAUCUAUUUGUGCAUGCUUUAUUUUUGCAGCACCAUUUUUCUCAAGAUGAAAUGCCCUGUUCUCUUUCUAUAUCCUUUUUUUUAAGACAAAUAUCCCUCACAGACACAUCCUAUAAUCUUAUAAUGAGCCAUACCAUAAUGCACAGGGGGCUUAUAGAGCUUAUAGUGUUCACUAAAUGACUGAUUAUAACAGAAAACAUGUUCAUAAGUCAUGUUUUUAUGGCAGGUUUAUCCAGGCCAAAGCAUAUCAUUUACACAAUGUUGCAUUCACUGCCUUAAACUCCUCGUCCUCCUCCUUCCCAACACAUUGAAACAGGCUUUGUUUCAUCUGAGGUGUCUCUGCACUCAUAAGGAGACGAAGGCAGCGCAGAGCCUGCUGGGGAUUGGCUAGAAUAGACAAUCCCCAGGUGUACUAAACUAGGUUUAGCACUAAGGCUUUUAAUCUGGACUUGUAGGAGAUUCAUGUGCAUUCAUAGAUUUGCCUCGGUAAUUAUCAUACCCCCAGUGGCAGCCGGAGAGAGACGUUUGCCUAAAUCACUGAUGUCCUCAUUACACUGUUUACAUUUUAAUUAGACAUGCUAAAGUCUGUUUUCUUUUUCAAGAGGACAAAAAGAUUUGGAAAUGUGUCUAUCUUUAGUUUGAGAAAGAAACACAACGCCUGGAUUGAUGCCUGGCUAUAAAUUGAUCUCUGUGGGUCUCGCCAAAUAUUUUUUCCAUAGUUCUUGUCUUGUUUAUGUAGUCGUCUUUACACCCCUUGACAAUCAUUGGUAAUGUCUGAUUUUGGCUUGUAUCGCAGUUGCUCUGAUAUCAUAUAAUGGACCAUAUUUGAACAUUAAGACAUUAUGCCAUGUUGUAAAAGUCAGUAUUUGGUUAUAUUAGUUACAGUUUCUUUCAGGCAGUGAAUAAUCAGUCUUUAAGGGCUCUGAUAAAUCUAAUCCACAGUUCCACUACUUUUGAAAUUGCAGACUCUUUGAGGCGUCAUUGUGUGCCUGAGCACUGCUGCUUAUCAUUGAACAACCUUGGUGAAGAGGUGUUUUUGCUGUCCUCCUUCCAAGGUGUUUUUUAUAUAUCAUGCUGUUUGGGAGUUUCAUAUUGUGAGAGAGCCUUUCACAAGGGGAAAAGGGGAACUCAGUAGUUUACUGUGUCUUGUCUUCUGAAACAGCGUCUGACUAAUCUGGCGAUCAAGGCCGCCAUUCUGGUCCAACAGAAGAGCGUUUUAAACCGCCUCUCUUUGUAUGUAGAUUUAAGGUGUUUGAAAUGUAGCUUCUUAAAAGUCAGAUUCUUAAAAUUUGUCUUUGAGCCGACCUCUCCUAAUCAAUAUGACCCAAAAUUAUGAUAACACCAAGAGUGUGUGAUCCAAGCCGCUUUGAUUCAGCAAAAAAAAAUGUUACCGAACCCAAAUUUAAUAAAAGAUAAAAUAGGAAACUGAGAGCAAAAUAAGAAGUUGGGCUUUAAAGUCUGUCAACUGUUUUAUUUUGACAGAGUAUUAGCAUAUAACAGGGUGAAUUAAUACACGCAAUUUAGAGUCAAGACAUAUUUGCUUUAAGCACUAAAGGCUUUCUUUUGACUGCUCUCCAUUGUCUCUGACAUCACAUUUCAUUCUGACUGACUCAAAUUGAUAUUUGAUACAAUUAACUGAGUCAGUAAUCAGAUGAGAUGUGUUUUAGAGAUGUGUUCGUGGUUUUUAACGCAGCGAUUCCUUCAUUCAUCCUGCGUGGAGUCAGGGUGGAUGACAGGUUGGCCCGGUGCCAGGUGCUGGCAGAGGGAGCCUUGAGUGCCAGGGACGGGAGAGGGUGGGCUGAGGUCUGAUGCCUGAUGGUGUAGAGAGUGGAGGGGGGAAGGAGGAGAGGGGCAGGGAGUAGGAGGAGGAGGAUGAAGAGGAUGAGUGGAGGGGAACGGGAGAAGGGGAUGGAGGGGUGCUGCCAUAGAGGUUUAAGGUGUCAGGCUGCAGCGGCGCAGCGGGUGUCUGCAGUGACACUGCGCUGCAAUCACAGAAGUGAGGCAGGAUGAGUGUGUAUUGUGGGGUCCAGAGCCAGGGGUGUUAUGUUGUUGUUAUAGUGACCAGCUGAUUACUGUGGAAAACGCUGCGUUGGUCUACAGAAUACUCCCAAACCAAGCUUUUGUUUCACUGAGGCAGCUGGAGCUCAUGAGGGGGGAGCUGUGAGCCGUUUGCAGACUUAACAUAAAUGACACAAAAAUAAAGCUGAAUUAAAACAUUUCAACCAUCCAAAUUCACAAAGCAGCUCUCCUUUUCCCCUCGUCCAACAGCUGGAGUCUGACUUGCACGGUGUAAGUGAAUAGUCACUAGAAGCCUCGCUGCCUGGCAGGUGGCCUAUUUGACAGUCCCUCUAAGAGUCCACACGGAAUUAGAUUAAUUUAAAUCAGAAAAAUAAGAGUGCAAAAAAGAAAAAAAUGAGCACUCAAGAGUUCAGCAUCAUGGCAGAGCUUUAUGAGGGCUGACACUUCUUUUGUGUUCAUUAUCAGGAAAUCACCUCGGGGAGUCGUGUUGACUUUGCAUGCUCUAAAAUAGCUGGAACAGUGGACUGCCCCGUGAUCGCCUGCUCACUUCCACUUUAAGUAUCUGGGGAGGCAAGGUGGAAAUACCAAACAGAGUUUUUUUUCUUUUUCUUUUUUUUUUUUGUACUGAGAAAAAGCUUAUCAUUGUUCAAACUCCCACUUUUGUAAGAGAAAUCAAACCAUUUGUGCUGUUGUGCUGCAUUUUUCUUAGAUUUAGCUUAGACUCUUGGCCGUUCGGGGCACUUAGACCGCACUUUCUCAUCCCAGUAUUUCCUGCCACUCCUUACUGUCCAAUAAAAUAAAAUCAAAGCCUUGAAGAUUUUUCUUUUUUAAUAAGAGCUCUUAAUCUGUCCGAAAAGCUGCAGUACAUGUGCACUUUUGGUGUAUUUUUCAGCUGAGCGCUGCUGCCAGCUCAUUUGGCCCUCAGUUCAUUUGUGUCCUGGGGUGAAAUAAAGCUGAAAGUUAACUUUUAUAGUUAAAUCACUCUACUUAUUGAAGGGAAAUAAAUCAGCAUUAUGUCAUUUUUGGCACAUUUAUAGGCCUGUUCACAGUUUAUUGUUGCGUUUCCAUACUGUACAGAACAAUAGCGGAUUCAUUUACUGGGAGCGUGAUGUUCCUGCUGUCCAAACCCUGACUGCUCUGCCUCUCCCACAUCUUUAAAUGGAUCCCAUGAGUCUCCAGCUCUGUUGUUUCCAUUAUUCAUUUUUCCAAAACUUCCAUGUAGCAUGUAGAGGCUAGAGGGGUGAAAAAUAAUUUUGCGUCUGGAAAAAAAUAAGGGAGAAAAAAAUGGAUGUGGAGCAAAGUCACUGCUUUAUGCAAAGUGUGCCAUGCCUUGGGAGCACGAUGUGAGCCGGAGUCUACUGUAGGAGGAUUAGGCGGUUUGGGCAAGGGAUGGACUGGAUGUAUGCGUCUGUGUGGGUUCAGUGUGUGUCUGCGUGUCCCUGUCAGUCUGUCAGCUCAGGCCCUAAUGUGGCUCCCUAGAGGUACCUGGGGGAGACCCAUCUAGCACCCAGUCAGCCUCAGCUGGCGGCCAAGUGGUGACAACGGGUUCCCACAGAGAGAGGAAGUGUCAUAGUAUGUAUGUAAACUAGUGACAGAUGACUGGAGACAUGAGGCCUGUAGACACCGAGCCUGAAAGUAAAGCAGUUUUUGCCUCUUAGACUUUCUUUUUUUCCCUCUCUUUCCACUUGAGACUUCAGAGAGCGAGCAUCAGGCUGCAGAAUACAUUGACAACAAGUCAAAGACGUGAAUAAAACGGAUGCAAAUCAUUUGGCAUGAAAAGACAAAUGUUAUGCGAAAAGGUUUUAUUUGCCUUUUGAAAGAGGCUGCAGCAAAGGAGUGAGGAGGGUUUUUUUUAGAGUGCAGAGCUUCAGGCAGCUUUUCUAGGCCACAGGUCAUGUGGGUCAGUGUUACACUCCCUGCAGCCUCACUUCAACCCUCGGUCUGGAAAUAGAACAUGCAACGUCACCCAGCCAGGAGGGAGGUAGAUUCCAGACCUCAGUGGCCACAGGCUGCACAUGUGGAAUCUGCUCGAGUAGUUGACCCCAAAUGUUUGAAACCCAGAAUGCUCCCAGUAGGAUAUUGUUUUUUUUCAUGCAUACCCAAAUGAGCGAGGCUGUCUGAACUGCCUUUAACAAAGUGAAACCACCAUACUUAAGACUCUUCACUGUCAGGCUGUGAGCGAUUCAUCAAGGGACUUUGCUCUAGCCAGAGGCGGAUUUAUUUAACAGUUUGCACAUAACCUGUAAGAGAGGAUAAACACAACAAAUAAACUGAGGAGUUGUUGUUCUUUUUGCAUAUUUCAGCCAGCAACAGGCUGUUUGCCUGCUUCUCUCUUAAAAGUAUUCAUUGAAACGGACGGAGGGGCUGGCACAUGGACGAUAGACAUUCAACCCGAGCACAGGGAAGAAUCGAGCAAGAUUUAGUCUUUAAGAUGUCAUCCAAGAAUCACAAACGUAGAGCGUGGAGCACUUUUUCCAUUACCAAUAAUUCUGUUUUUAAACUUUAAAUCUCUUUAUGGCGAUAAAUCAGAUAUGUGUUUCCCAAAAAGGGGUUUGUUGUGGGAAGAGGCCGUAAAUGUGGCUCACGAAAACAAUAAAAAAUUAUAAACACACACUCACACUCACACACACAUUCACGUUUUCCAGCUUAUUUGCACUAAUGAACCUGGAGUCCUGGCAACAAGUCAGGAGUUUGCAGGGAUCAGAGAAAGACCAUCAGUCAGAGCUGAAGAGGAUGAGAGUUCCCAACGUAACUGUAAACACAUAUUACAUCCUAAUACAAACAUCACACAACCUGUCUUUUCUAACGUCUUGAUUUUUUCAACCUUUUUCUGUGUUUUAAUGCAGCUUGUAAAAGAUGCAGAUACAGAUGUAGUCAAACAUGAUAUCUAGAUUUUAGGCGCCUCAUAUUCUUGCUGUUUUAAUGUGCAGUGAGGAUGUAACGAUCCCAAACAACACAACUAAAUGCUUUGAUGCUUUUGCUUUGUCUUGAUCCACAUUCUUUUGUUUGGUGUCAGACAUGGUGACGACACGUGAGGACUUGUAGUUGAGAAUCUGUCACCUUGUGUCAAAUCUGGGAUGUAACAUAUCAGACAGACAAAGACAGUGAUAGCAAGAAGACUAAUGCACUCAACCAGCAUGAUGCAGCACAUAAUUUGACACCACACUGGGAAGCUUAAGAUAUUGAAUACACAUACAUACGUCUAUAUAUGUCUUUAUAACAUACGCUGGGAUGUGAAACCUCUGUUGUUGUGAGAGUCUCAGCAGUUACAUGAAAAGGAUUUAUGAUGAUUUUCAGGAUUAUUUUCAGUCAGAAAUGGCUCUGUUUCAAAAAUAAGAAAUACAUUUAGUCUUUUUAAACUUUACAGUUCCCAAACUAAAAGAAGAAAAACUGCUAAAUCAAUUAAGAAACAUGAAAAUUUAGAUUUUGCAUUUUUUAUCCUCUCAUAUACAAGAAUUGGUUCAGAUUCACCUUUGAAUGGUAAUUUUUAUCGUAUUGUAUUGUACGGUGUCCUGAGUUGGGGUUUGUUACAUCCUUUUUGCAGUCUGGUAUUAAUGCAUUAAACAUUUGAGUAUUUAGUUAGAGUGUAUGUUUUAAGUCUGGACAACACAGGUAAAACAUGCAAUGUGCGCUGACAAUGUUUAAUAUCACGAUAAUGAUGUGAAGAUAAGAUAUUCCUCAAAUAGUCCCACGGGGGGAAAUUUCAAAAUUACAGCAGCAUAAGUACAGAUACAAAAAGAGAAAAUAAAAAACUUAGAGUUGAAAAGAAAGAUAUGUACAUGAGUCUUAUUUACAUAUGUACAGCAUAAACAUAAAAUAUGAUUUAUUGCACUUCAGUCAAAGUGCUUUAAAUAAAGUACUAUUAGUGAAUUUUCUGUCAGAUGAAGUUUUCUAAGAGUUUCUUCUGUUCUUAUACAUCUAAAAUUAAUCCAAAAAGCAGUUUUGUAAGACAUGAUUGGUUCAGAUCAGUUAUUUGUAGCUGAUAGAUUAAGUCCCAUCACACUGCAUGGAUGUGCUGUAAAAGCAUAGACAGGCUCUAUUUCAGAGGUAAAAUGCUCUAAUGCUAAGCAAACAAAAUUGUUUGUGCUUUUUUCAAUUUUAUUUAAAUAAAUUUCUGUGAUGUGCAAUUAAUAAAAAGUGCAUUUAUAGCACCACCUUAACACAUGUAUUCUUUUAAAUGAGGAGAUUUUUCUCAGCACUUCUUGACAAACAGCAUGGGAACACAUUAACCAGAGCAGCCAGGUUUUUCUCAUCUGUUUUCAGUCAAAUUUUUGGUUAUUUGCUGCAGCAUUGUGGAACAACACUAAUGUGCUCAUCAUUUGAAGAGUAUCAAAUAGGUGUUGGAGUGUUUGUGCACUAAUAUUUGAGCAUUUGUGAGAUGUGACAGUGAACACCUGGCUCUUCUUCCGUACUAUUGGCCGUUUGUAAAGCAGCCUGUGUGUCCAAGUGACACCUCCUGGUCUUUGCUCUCUGUCCAGGGAAGUAAAAAAAUCUAUCAGCACUGAUGGGAUCAUGCUCGAUCAAACAUAUCUGUGCCAACCUGUUUAUAGUGAGCUCCAAAAGUGCUAUUGUUCCGUUCUCCAGUCACAUUUUGAGCACCAGCUGACCCCAGGUUGUGUAUAUUGAUGAGCGGGAUUUGUUUCUUAAUAGAAUUGUGUCUAAUUAAUUAGCUUUUAAUUGGUUGAACUCUGAACAUGCAAAUGCAGCAGAAUGUAGAACAAUGAUGACUUUACAGUGGGUACAGAGCUGCAGAUUGAGGUCGACUCCUGCACACUCGGCUGUUUAUUCUUAUUUCUGGUUUGUGCUGUAAACUCACUUGGUUUAAACUCGCCACAGGAACAGAUUUAAAAAAACCUGAAAGUGCCGGAUCCAUAUAAAGGACCAAGAAAUGUUUAAAUCGCCUCUCUCUCAAUUUCUAUUAAUUAUCUCAUUUAUUUUUCACAAUUGCUCAGUGCCACAGAUUAACCUUUUUUCUUCCCCUCCUUUCAUAAUCUAUUAAGAAAUAGUUUUCGUUGCACGCUCCGUCUUGAUUUCUUGCCUCAUUUCAAUCAAAGCUGUGAACUCUUUGAAGGCUGACACUCUCUCAUCCACCUGCUUCUCACGCUCUCUGUGGACACUGACAGCUCUCAUUGGAACACCUCUGCUGCUUUUACAAAUCACACCGCUGAUGCAACGCCAGUGCUGCCCUGCUGCAACACGCACAGACAGAUACCAGAACAGUGCCAGCAAUUUUAUUCUGAAGAAAAGUACAAUUCCACUUUUGUAGUGUUAAAUUACUAAUUACAGGUGUUUUUUUUUUUUUCCAAACUACAGACAGCUUCUUCAUUUUAUUGUUUUUUUAAAGGGCAGGAGUUUGUGCUGGAAAAUGUAUCAGUUAACAAGAAGAAAACUGCAGUCUUUAAAGCCUGUUUAAUGCCAAAAUUAAAUAUGAAGAAAGCAGAAAAGGGUUUCCCUUUUUAAGGUCCUGUAAAAUUUUCACAUGUCCUGUUUUUUUCUGAUAUGAUGCUUAAAUCAAGAGAAAAACAUGCAAGUUUAAAUUGGAUUAUAUAAAGCAUCAUCCUUUAUGUCAAGUAGGAUGGAUUAAGGAUUAGAUUAUUAAGAAGAGCACCUUAACCCUUGAGAUUAAAACCUGCCAGUCUGGAAAUAGUAACUUGUGUUUGUAUAUCAUUCAUCAGCAGCAAUAAUUAUUGAAAAAAACUGGAAGACAUCUUUUUAAAAUCAAAGCUUUUACCUGCAACAGUGAGUUUCAAAAUCAACCAAUCACUGAUUUUAAGAGGCCAGUUUUCAGCCACGUCUCAUGUCUUAUAUUAAUAGAGUAAUGAAGGCCGAUUCGGAGAAAUACUUUGUCUUCUUCAUAAAUACUGACAUGCUCUUUGCUCAUAGAAAUCAAAAAGGGAAAUAUAGGUUAUUUAAUGAAUAUAAUGUUCUCUUUGAAAGCAGCUAAACUCUGACUUAGAGGCAAGAGAGUCUCUGUAUUUUGAAGUGAUGUCAGUCUGUAUGAGGAGCAUCACCACAGGUAUAACGGCUGCAGCAGGAAAUCUGUAUCAUUUAUGAUUAAGAUUAUGAAUGCAUGUUUAAUUUUAGUGCUCAUGGCCUUCCCCCAAACAAACCUGCAACACAAGAAUCAGCUCACGUCAGUGUGUGACAGCAGAUAAAGAUGCCUUAAUAGUCACUGUAAGUUUAAUUCUCAGUACACUUAAGCUUUUAACAGACUGUGUGCAGUCUUCAGUUGAGUUUCUCUUCUGUAUUCCUGUUUGAGAUUUUGACACAUCGUCUUUAAUUUGAAAAUACUGGCAAGCAAAGGCUUUUAUUGUGAAAAACAAAUCAGCAGUAAAAUGCAUUGUCAUGAUGUUUUUCACAAGUCUGCUUUGUACAUUACUAAGUUUUCAAUAGAAACACACUUAUGCAUGUAAAACCCUUAUCAUGGAGAUUCAAGUCAAACUAGGAAGAGUCAAUCAAGUCUAUGUUUGACAUUAAAGCCUCCGAGUGAAGCUCUGCUAGGGUGCACCCACUAAACAGUGCUGUUAUAACAUUAGUGUACAUAAAACUUGAGGAGGAGAGAACAGGAGUUUUCACCAUGACUGAGCUGCUACGCACUUUCACAGUAAACAUUAACAUCAUCCUUGACACAAGGAGGAGGAGGAGGUGAAGGAGGUGCUGCUCUUUCGUCAGCAAGUGCGGGUCCACCUGGCUCCGCUCUGACACCACAAACAAUGUUACCUACUGUAUGUAUAUCAUAUGAUGAGGGGAUGGUUUUAUCUGUGUUUUUUUCCGCAGCUUAAUAUCUCACUAUGAUCCCUAUGUUGUGAGGCACUGGUGUAAUUCUAUGACCUCUGGGCUGCCUUCAGUCAAGAUAGCCCACACUGACUUUUGCACCGGCUGACUCUUAUUUUGAAAGGCUAGGACUCUUGCUGUACAGAGGCCUAAUUCUCAGCUGAAUUGCAUAUUUCAUUACAUAUUUAAAAUGCUGUUAUUUUGCAAUUCAAUACAAAUGUUUGUGUGCUGUAGUUGCCCACUCACACCAUUAAACUCGGCUCAUAGGUGGUGUUUUAAUUUCUAUUUAACAAAAUUUUGAACAUGAACAACUAUAAUUCCACCGUGCAUCUUCUUAAAAAUAAAUCUUUACUUUAAAAAUAUAUCUGUUAUUUUCCUAUUCCUAUAUCGAAGGGCAGGUUGGCUCAGUAAACUGAUGAUCUGCUAUCCAGCACAUUAUCUCAUUAAACAGAAUAAGCCCGAGACCUGCAUAUACUUCAGAUGUUUCAGUGCGGAUAUAAUCAAAAUCUCAUUUUUCACUCCUAAAGAGACCAUCUUGUUGAAUUCUGAAGAAGUAAAUCCUGCAUUAAGUGGCUUUAGCGGUGAAUAAGUGUUAGAUUAAUCACAUAACAGCCCAGUUUUUACACACCGUCUGAUUGCAAUAUUUCUUGUUGCGAGAGGUCGUAUGAGAUUCCUUGUGUAAACCAAACUUUCUUUUAAAAGCGAAUACUGCAAACCAGCUCUACGGCUCUGCACUGACCAUGCCACCUCAGCUCUUAGAAGCCAUUGUUUGCCAGUGGGCGAACCAAUCUCCUCUACAGCUCUUUCCUUGUAAAAGUUCCCCUUUAUGGCUUCACUACUUCACUUCAGUAACUUUAUUACAGUAUAGCUGAGAGAUUUCUAUUUCAUAUUGACCUAAGAUUGCUUCAGUUGUCUCAUUUCACCUUUUGCCUGGCCUGUGUUGGAGAAAGUGACCUUCUUUGAGACUUGCAGUCGAUAGCAGAGAAUGCUUCAACAGAAAAAGCUGGCGGUGGUUACAGGCAAACAUCCCUUCCCCUUGUUCGCUUGGGUAUUUUCAACUGGAGUUCAAUUUAAACUUUUAAUCAGUUUAAUGGGUGGGAAACAAUAAAUACAACAACAGAUGGCCCUUGCUUUACUGUUGUGUGUUAAACAGAUUUUUGCGUCUGAACUCUGCAGAUAUGUUUGCUUUAAUUCUUGUUAAACUGAAGCAAAUUACUCCCUCCGUUUGUUUGCUCAGAUGUCAUCUAAUUGGAUUUUAGCAUUUAACAGUGAAGAUGUGUUGCUACGUUUUUGUCAUGUACAGCUGCUUACCUGAAAUGCAUCACGAAGCAAACUGCUCUUUGUUAGAUAAAGACUCGUAACAGAGCAGCGAUGUCUGUGUAAAAAGGUUGAAGACGCCACUGGCUGUUUGGUAUUAAAAAAAAAAAAUCAGUCUUUUAUUCCAACCUGUUUCUAAAGAUCAGAGGCUGAAAAAUGAGAUUUUGUUUUCACAGUGUGAUUCCCGUCUUGUCUUAACCAGGCUAACACGGCUGUAGAGUCUAACGGCUGCACGUGUGAAGUAAUCAUGGUUGUGAAACGGACUGGUGAACAAGAUGAUAAGUUAAUUUCCGACAGGGCUUUGGCCUGUUGGUUUGUGAAUCCAGAUGACCUGCUCCUUAGAGACUGAGUCAAGGGUGCUAAAAGAAACCAGACAAUUGCCAAAUUUUGGUGUUUUUUGUUCCUCUUUGAUCAUCUUCCUCGGGGUAACAGGACUUUGGGGAAUAAAGAUGUUAGCAAGUAGCUUUUGGUCAAUGAGCCUUCAUGUAGCAAGGUCACAAUCGGCCUCUCUUCUCUUUUGAAGUGUGUAAGUGAUCCCGAGAGGCAGAGCAGCCUCAAGUUCACAAAGGCUCGUAAAAAGCACUGCCUCUACUGUACAAGUUUCGCCAAGUGCUCCACAAUCCAACGACUUUUAUUCUUUUAACUAACAAGCCAUUUGAGUAUUCAUCAGUAUUAUGCACUACAGAACACUCUGAAGCCUGUCUCCUGUAAUUGUCUUACUUUUAUUCAGUGUACAAGUUCUCCUUGUGUUUGGAGAGCUGUUAGUUUAGCAUGUGUGUGGAUUUAGCUGUACUUAUGGUAGUAAUAGAAGACGUAGCCUCAGGGGCCUCUUGGCCUGAAGAGUCCUGGUUUAAUUAGCAUCAGUGAGACAGAGGAAUGACAGCUCAGAGGAUCCCUCAACCUCCACAUUUUACUGCCUCACACACAAGUAUGAGAAAUACCAGAAAAUGCAUGUUUGCCUCUGCAAAGACUUUACCAUCAGCUCAGCCCAGAACUUAUGUGAGAAUAUCCAGUGCAUAUAUAUCAAACUGAGGACUGUAGUAUAUCUGUGCACACUGACAAUCACUGUACAGUUUGCAGCAUAGUAUGUUGUUUACCUUCAUGGAAAGGAAAGUGUUGACAAAAGAUGCUGUCACUAACAACAGUCUGAGUUUUCUGUAAAUGAUCGAGCAUUUACCCAAAAGGUUGUGCAGUAUAGAAAAAAGAGAAAAGCUCAUGCAAAAAAAAAAGAAACACCAAGGAUAUUGUGUCUUUCAUUGUGUCUUUUGUUCCUCAUCUUGAAUAUAUAGAGUAUUAUAUAUAUUGUCAACAGAUACAAUGAGAAUAACAAAGCCAAAAGCUUCCUUCUUUUCCUAUUUUUCUGUUCAUGUCACUCAGCUGCGACACCAUUGUUGUUUCUAAUUAUUAACUGUUAAAGGCAGGUCAGAAAAAAUGCCACGUUAUUUUCUAUACCAUCCAAGGCGUAGAGUUUCUUAUCAGUCUUUAUGAAACAGGAGCGAUUGUUUGGUUUGUUAGGGACUUUUUUCAGCUCCAGGUUGAUAGACGCUGUGUGUUAGUUUGGUAUUUACUGCAGGAGGAUAGUGUACUGUAUGUGGGAUUGACUCAAAAUAAACAACAAUGCUGGUAUUCACUCCAAUGAAAGGACAUGCCAGCUUUAACCACAGGUCUUUUUCUGGAUUUUGCUGGCUCUUGCAUGCAAGUGAACAUUUUAGAUACGCUUUUUAAAUCAACAGCCUUUUGCUAGUAAACAUUUUUAAGUUGCUUUUGAGCAUAUAAAUUUUAAACUCACUGGGGAGCAGGUUCUCUUUAACAUGAGACAUGCACACUCAAAGAUGGAUGAGACUGGCGUGGUGAGAUAUACUCUUACAUUUAGAGGUGAAACCAUGCAGCUGAGGGCCAUAUUUGUGCCUCAUUUAGGACUACAGCUUGGAUUAUGGGUUUUUCUUACAGUCACCACUUUAGGUUUUCAUAGUUUUAUUUAAAACAAUUCCUUUAGUUAGAAAACAAAGCCUGUUCUGCUUCACUUGAAAAUAGUUGUACUAUAAUGACAUGAUUUAUUUAUUUAACUUUUUUGUCCAUGUGCUCUCUGAGACACAGUUGGCAAAGAGUACGGCGAAGGAGUCAGACCGGGGUCACGUCUGCAGCAGCAGCAGUUUUUACAGGCUGAUCUCAGUGCCUGCACAGAGGGGUGGGAUCUGCUGGGUUGCAUUAACUUAGUAUGCAUGAUGGUGAAGCUUCCUCAUGGAGUUAGUAACAAAAGACAGCAUCCCUCUUUUUAUGUUUUAGGGUAAAAAAAGAUAAAUAUUAGACUUCAUACUCAGAGAUGGAAACAGCACAUACAAAUCUGGAGUAAUUAGACAUGAUGAAAUAUGACAACCUUUAGUGGAUCACUUAAUUAUUCAUUACUGCAAUUAAUCCAGUAACCAUUUAUCACAGGUCAGAUGUUGUUGCACAUAUAUCCUUACAUGACUCUGGUUCUCUGUAGUCCAGCAGAAAUCAUCCUUAACAAAUGAUUUAACAAAUUAUUAAAGAAAAACAAACCGCAAGAGUAGUUCUGUUAUGUUUCAGCUCUUCAAUUCGUAUAAUGCUGCUGUCAGUGAAUACAGUUAUCAGACUCUUCAUCUUGUUAAAUGAGUGCUUUUUGUCCCUGUUUAUCCAAGAGUGCAUCUUUGAAAUCCUUUCAGCUGAAAAACAAAUUCAUAAUACGGAUGCACCGAUCCGAUAUUUGGAAUCGGAUAUCGGCUCAGAUAUUGACAAAUUAACUGGAUCGGAUAUCUGAUGAAUGACACCAAUCCAGCGAUCCGAUCCACAGCCACACAGCGAUUCUGUUUGCUCUAUAUUCUAUGUCUGUCUAUCCUUUUGUACUAAAUGUUUACAUGGAAGUCUUACUUCUUUUUGCUGUGUGCUAAUGUGCAAUUUGUUAAUAAAUAAUAUUAAGUAAAUGUAUAUCUGUGUUAAUUUGUUACCUUUUUUUUAAUAAGGCUAAUGUCAAGCCUGAUGCCUUCACUAACAGUGCAAGGUAUACAGUUCAUUCACUCAACAGUAGUAUUGGGUCGGUAUCGGAUAUCAGCCGAUACGUUAGCCAGGGAUCGUUUUAUAUUGCAAAAAAAAUUGCAUCGGUGUAUCUCUCAUUCCUGAUGUUCAUCUAGUUACAUGAAUGAUCACUUUUAACGUUUUUUUCAAUGUUCAAUCUCAUCUUCUAUUACGUAGAUGUAAUUUGAUUGACUGUUUGUUGAUUUAAUCUUCAUUAAUGUCCGACAUGUUGCCAUAUACAGUUGAUUUAUGUGCCAUUUAUUCAGUCAUAAAGGUACAUGCAGCUACAGCAGUAGGUCAUCAGGUACAUCUCGAACAAUCUUAAACAUGCUGCACAAGAAGCUGUCGGCCUGACUAGAAGGUCAGCUUCAAAGCACAUACUCUAAGUGAGUGUUUGCUCAGUCAUUUUCCCACCGUUUAAGUUCAGAUUGGUACAGAGUCAGCUGUAGUCUGUGUUUUUGGAUCGCAUGGAGAUGUAAUAAUUUGCUUCCACGGGUGGCCAGACUGAAAUGUAUGGGCAGCAGCCCUGGAGAAGACAGUGACUGAGGGAGGCAUAUCUUUUCUAAAUGAGGGGUUAAAUGGCACCCUGCCGCCUAAAGAUUGGAAUUACUGCCACAUGGAGCUCUAAAUUGAGUUUAAAUAGUCUUAACUUGAUAUGUGAGAUGAAUGGAGCUCUGAAGGCGGACCGAUUACCAUUUCACAAUGUGUUGGAAAGUUUUGCCCCUCCCACUCUUGGAGUAACGCGGCUGAAUUUGAAUAUGAAUAUGAGCUUGUUUUUAUUUAUAAACGUAAUUACUGUCUGUCUGCAAUAUUUGCACGCUUGUCAAGUGGAGUGGCCUGUGUGUGCAGAAUAAAAGCAAAAGCUCCCAUAAUUAUGUUUACGUCCAGCAAUGAAAAUCCCAGGGUUGUAAUGAUCAGUAAUUAUAAAUACUUUUCAGCAUGUCUGCGGCCUCAGCUGGGACUAUUGUGCAGUGUGAAGUGCAGAGUUUGUGCAGUUUAAUUAUGACAUUGUACAUGACUAAAUGUACCAGUCUGCUUUGGCACAGCAAAACACUUCCAGCACAUAAUCACGCUCAAGUCUGACUUUAAAGAGCUCAUUACAGUUAGUUUUCUAAAGAGCGGCUUAUUAAACACAGUUACCUAAUAGGCAUCUUUGGUGGUGCAAAUUGGUAAAAAUGGUAAUGAGUCUGAUUAGGCCACAUUUCAAUUACGACAGCUUUCACUUCCCUCUUUUCCCUCUACCCUCCCAUCUUCCCCUCCCCCGUAUUGGAAAGAGAGGAAGGAAAGUCCAGCCCUUUAUGCUUGGGAAUCCUCCUGGAAGGCAUUUUCUCUCCCCUUCUCUCUAUCUCUCCCACUCUCUCUUGCACAUACGUACACUCACGCUCACACAUACAAAAGGGGGAAAAGAAAACGGCUCCGCCACCUCUGUGUUUCCUUUCAGCAGCACAGUAAUGAAUAGAGAACUGUGCAAGCGGCGGUCCAAUUUACGCACUGGGAAAUUGGAUGGACAGAGUGGAGGCCCACUCUUGUUUGCUUAAAAAACGGACCCAGGCUACCAGAUUAAUAGUUCCCAAAAAGGUCAGCAUCUUCUGUUUCAUUGAUGAUCACUGAACCAGAAAUUAAACACCAUGGAGUCGCGUAAGACCAUAGCAUCUCAUGUCAAAAGCAUUUUGGCUCAAACUGGUGUGAAAUAUAUGACAUAAACCAGAUAAAAACUGGAUAAACGCCAGACUUAAAAAAGAUUAUUUCUCUCUAUUAGCAUCAUCUCAAACACACCCAAGAGGUUCAUUCAGACCUAUGAAUUGACAAUCACAAUAGUCCUAACAAAGGCUGUAUUUGUCGGUGGCUGAUAAGGGAAAUCUGAGCUGGAGCCCAGAGGCGAUCUGAAAACACUCCACUAAUGGAGCGCUCUGUAAUUAUACCAUUUCAAAGAAAGACAAAGGAACCUGUGGAUGUUGUAUUAGAGUUUGACAGGCAGGUGGAAUAAAGGACAACAUUUGACGGUGUUUCAAAAGUAAAGGAUCAUUAUGCUAAUGCACUAAUGCUAAUGUGUUCACUCAUGUGCGUUUAUUUAUGUGUUCAUGUUUGUAUGUGUAGAUGUGAAUGGACAAAUUUACUAUCUGUUCCAUUACCCUUGUUAAAAAGAAAAACAAAUAGGUCUAAUUUUUUCACAGAUAUCUGAAUCAUUGAACACUAACAAACAAUAGCACCAAAGACACAUAUAUUGUGGUGUGACUGGGGAUGUGCCAAAAGCAAUAAUCCACCAGGAGCUAAAACUGAAUUUUAGACUGACUUGUCCAAAGGUACGAAAGCUCUCACAAAAUAGUCAAAAAUGAGCACAGCUUAUUAAAAGCUCCUGAGAGGGAUUUUUUGGCAGAUUAUCAAUUAGACUGAUGUUAAAACUCAUGUCUACUUUUAACCUACAAAUGCAAGCAUGACCUAAUUAUGACUUUAUUAUAAUUAUUGAUUCCUAAAAGUGCUGCCAAAGCGCAGGUGUCCAAUUAAGAGAUGAACCGACCACCACGUUUUUUUAUUCAUUUUCUACAGCAGAAAUUCUCAAUCAGCAAUACAUGAGAUGGUGUCAAAAAGCAGAACGAGAUUUUUAAGGGUAAAAUAAAAAAUACAAGAGAUUUGAGGUUUCUCUUAUUAUGUUAAAUGCCACCACCAGCAUUUGGUCCUUUGUGCAGUUUAACAUCCACAUACCUGUGCUGGUUACACACAACCUAACCUCCUUUUUUUACAUCAUAACCCAAGAUGCCAUCUGGGAUGGUUUACAUCCAGAUAGUAGGUUAUUAUGGCAUUACUGAAGUAGUUAUUAAGCAGGGCUACAGCCUCAGUCAGUGGUUGGUGGCUGCAGUACGGUUUAAGCCCAAUAGAAACAUGAAUAAUUCACUUAUUGGAUGAGUUAUUCUGCUAUUCACUAACAAGGGUGAAAAUGUUUAAUCAUGUAGUUACAUCUAUUACAUAAUAUUGAGACUCUUUUGUUAUUUGAAAAGCCCUGCAUCUUUGUGUUUUUCUGCGUAGGUUGUAUAUUAAUAGAAUGGACUUAUUUUACCUGUAGAAAGGUAAAAGCCUCCAAACAGGGUUCAAGUUAUUUUUUGAUAUAGGAAGUAAACGUCUGUUUUAAGCUGUCUUUAUGUAAUCGCCUUGGAUGGUUUCCACUUAAAAAAAAAAAAAAAAAAAACACCUGAUGCUCCGAGAAGAUCUCAAGUACACUUUGCGAGUAGCACUUCUUUGAUUGUCUAAAGUGGUCCAUUGUUUGGAGAGCAUUUAUAAUAAUGGAGCAAACUCACUCAAUAAGCCGUGUGCAACUUUGUUAUUGAAAAAAGCGCCUUGAGUGUUAAUGAACUCAAGUGAAUGAUUUUCAGAAGAAAAAAAAAAUCAUUCUUAUACUUGCUCUGUGGUGUCAAGAAAAGCUGUGAGAGCUGCGAGUUUUUUUUUUUUUUGGCAGGCAAAGCGUUCGUUGCUAUUGCCCAAUACUGUUUUGUUUGUUUGGAAGGGAACAUUUUCUCAGCAGUUAUGUGGAAAAAAAAUAUGUAUUUAACAGUUUGUUAAAAAGGUGUUUUCAUGUAGUUAUUUGACAAGAGGGAUAAAAGUACCAGGUAUGUUUGACAGGCUGCACUGGAAAAAAAUAAUAUUCCUCUUCAAAAGUCUUACUUUCUCUUUGCAACCACCUACAGAGCUAACACAAUGGGCUGACCUAGAAUAUAGUGGGUGGCUCAUCAUUGAAUGCACAUGGGUCUGCUGCAGCAACCAGAGACUUGUUAUUCUCAAGGGUGUCAUUCAUACAUUUUCCUCAGUUCAUGCAAAUGCUUGUAGAAAGGGUUUAGAUUUGCAUGAAAGACAUGGAGUUAUUCUUUUAAUUGUUGCUGUCCUCAUCACUGUCCCCUGUGAUAACAUAUUCUAUUUUCUGUAUGAACCUGUCUCUUCAAGCACAGUAUGGCUAACAUAUUUGCCUGCCUGGGCUUUUUGCCUCGAGCUCUUCUUCUUAAUCAUUAGCUUGGAUGGUUGACAACCAUGUGAGGCAUAGCAUGGAUCCUUUUGACUAAAACCUUGUAAAUUAACACAAUUAGUGCAGCAUCAUCCUGCUAAUUAGCUCCUGGUGUCUAGUGUGGCGGGUGGGCGAAUAGCUGGGAGGGAGUCAGAAGGGAAUCUGCAGACAAACACUGUAUUUGCAAUCUGCCUCUGGACAGUGGCUGUUUGCUGCCUAAAUCCUGUGAUGUGGACUUAACCCACUGGAGUAGAAAGUAUAGCACUGUAGCGCCUGACUUACAAGGGCAUGGAAGUUUAGUUAAGCGCAUGUCUUUUCAUAUCUUCUUGUAGCUUCUGGUGAGAUUAGAGUUGAUUAUAAGACUUUUUUUUAAACUAUGCCUUAUUGUUCUGAGCUGUAAACCCCUUAUAGUGUGAAUUAUUUGGUGGUAAUUUAUCCCUGUUAAUCCCAAGCAGACGGCAGCACGGUUAAAAACCUUUAUUUUCAGAUUGACUGGGAUUUUACAUGAUUAUUUCUGUCAUUCAAACCCUUAAGGCCAUACAGAGAGGCUGAGACAAGCUGCAGAGAAAAAGACAAGUGAAGCAUGUUUUUUUCCCCCCUUCCUUCACUCUGUGGACUGGGAAGCAGUAGGCAGACUGAAUGUGGAUGUAAUUCAUGCUGGGCUGAGAGGUUUGUGUGAUGAAAGCAACAGAGCGCUGCCAAGGAAGAUUGCUUUGCUGCUCUCCUCCAAGCAGAUUUGAAACUGUCUCAGAAUGCCUCAGAUGAGAGUUGGAUUAUAGACUGACCCUCAAUGUCUGUGUCAUUCUGCUCUGUGUUGGGUGGAUUAUACAGUGCUAAGCAGGUAUCUGGUCCAUCAUGCUCAUACUGACCAUGAUGCUUGUUCAGUUAGCAAUGAGUUGAGUUAGGAAUUUACGGUACAUUCUGAAAAUUUAUAUUAUUUCUCUUUUUAUUUGUUAAUUUCUAUCUAUUUGUCACUUAACUAAUUCAUGCAUUGCAGAGAUUUUCUGCUUCAUUUGGUGGCUUUGUAACAUUUCAAAAUGUCUGAGUAGUUUUUUGAACUAUUAUAGCCAAUUAUUUAGUGCCUUCUUUGACAUAUUUCUUCCUUAUGCUGGAUAUUUAGGUCUAAAGAUGCAGUGGACCCCAGAGCACACACAAUGGGCAGAACAACACUUUGACAUCUCAUCCACCACCCGCUCCCCUGCACACAAAGUAGAGGCCUACCGGGGGCACUUACAGCGAACCUACCAGUAUGCGUGGGCCAACGACGACAUCUCCGCACUGACUGCCUCCAAUCUGCUAAAGAAGUAUGCAGAGAAGUACUCUGGGAUCCUAGAGGGCCCAAAUGAAAGAGCCCUGCUGUGUUCCUACUCUGAUAGCACCACCGGACUCAUGAAUGGACGAAAGUCAGAGAAUGAGUCCUGGCAGGAGGGGAUUUACCCAAUGAACUGUGCUCCAGAUGUUAUAUCUGUGAGCAAAGCUGGAAUGACAGCUGCCCUACCCCCUACAGAUGUGUCUGCUAGCAUAGGCAGCUCCCCAGGGGUGGCCAGCAGCUUGUCUGAGCCGAGUUAUUCCAGCAGUAACUGUGGGAGCCACACAGCCACUACUCUUCACUCGGGCCUCCCCUCUCAGGAAUAUACUGCCAGCUACAACGGCUCCUACCUGCACUCUAGCUACAGUGGCCAGAGUACCCCAGCCCUCCCUUCUCCUCACCCCUCCCCUUUGCACAGCGCCGGGCUCUUACAACCCCCUCCCCCGCCUCCUCCCCCUACCUUAGUACCAAGCUACAACGGUGGGUCUCCAAACCUCCCCAACUACAAUUAUCCUCCAACAGGGUAUCCUUCUCAGACUGCUGUUGGCCCUGGUUACAGCCCAGGGGGAGCCCCCCCUCCUUCUGCUUAUCUCCCGUCCGGCAUUGCAGCUCCUACCCCAAUUCCCCCCUCCACGCUGCCUGGCUACACCUACCAGUCCCAUAAUCAUACACCAAUUGCACCAACACCUUUGAAUGGCAGCACAUCCAGCUCAUUAAAACGAAAAGCUUUCUACAUGAGUGGACAUGGAGAUAUGGACUCCAGCUAUGGUAAUUUCAACUACAACCAACAGCGCUCCUCACAGAGCCCAAUGUACAGAAUAGCAGACAGCGUCUCAGACUCAAACAGGGGAAAUGGUUUUGACAGAAACCCUGAGGCUUCAUCUUUGGCGUUUAAGCCAACCAAACAGCCCAUGUCCUCUGAUCAACAUAGAAAAUUUAUGGUUCACUCCGGCAGAGCACUAACACCUCCAUCCUAUGGAUCAACCAAAAGCUCUGUGGGUGAUCUCAGAACUGGUGAGCCCUAUAACAAGUUUGGAUCCCCCAUCAUGAGUGAGCAACCCGAAGAGCACAGACAGCACCUCUCUCACUCCCUAACAGAGCCUGACAUUGGUUCGGCUACCUCGUCCAUCCAUGCUGCAGAGGAACAACUGAAAAACAGUGACUCCAACUUGGUGGAGAUGGUGACCACAGAAAUCCUUCAGCAAGGUCCUCCGGUGGACUGGAGCGACAUCGCUGGUCUUGAAAUGGCCAAAGCUGCCAUGAAAGAGGAGAUACUGUGGCCAAUUCUUAGACCAGAUAUGUUUAGUGGACUUGCAACAUUACCUCGGAGCCUCCUUUUAUUUGGACCUCAGGGAACUGGUAGAACACUUCUUGCCCAGUGCAUGGCCAGCCAAUUGGGCGCUGCCUUCUUGCGACUCAGCGGCUCAGCUCUGGUGACCAAAUGGCUUGCAGAAGGGGACAAGAUAAUCCAGGCUUCCUUCUUGGUCGCCCGUUGUCGCCAACCAGCGGUGGUGUUCAUCAGAGAAGUGGACCUGCUGCUGUCGGCCCAGCUCAGCGAGGAGAGCCCAGUGAACCGCCUCAAAGCUGAGCUCCUCAUGCAGCUCGACAGUAUCCUGACCUCCACUGAGGACCACAUCCUCGUGGUCUGCUCUACUAACAAGCCUGAAGAGAUCCCAGAGUCCCUACGGAGGUACUUUACCAAGCGGUUGCUCAUCCCCUUGCCCGAUGGGACGGCACGACACCAGAUAAUCAGCCAACUGCUCUCACAGCACAACUACUGUCUCAGUGACAAAGAGAUGUCACUACUGGUUCAAAGGACAGAGGGCUUUUCAGGACUGGACGUGACCCAGCUGUGUCAAGAGGCCGUGGUAGGUCCUCUCCAUGGCAUCCCUGGUACAGACCUGUCAAGUAUCCAUCCCACUCAGAUGAGACCCGUCUCCUACCAAGACUUUGAUAAUGUGUUUUGCAAAUUUCGACCAAGCAUAUCACAGAAAGAACUUGACAUGUACACUGAGUGGAAUAAAAUGUUUGGUUGUAGUCAAUGAGGGGGAACCACUGAACACAGUUUCUUUAGUUGAGUACAAAUACAUGUUUGUCCUUCUGGCAACAGAAAAAAACAACCUAUGGUGACACUAGCAUACCAUACAGCAAAGGGGUUUUCCUUACAGGUUUCAGACUGAAGAUCACAGUCCUGACAUGAGGAAUUGGUCAAAGUUAAAUGCUUUAUACGGUGGUUGACAUGAGCUCACUGAAACCACCUGGAGAAAAUGCCCCCUGUUUUUGUAUAUACAUAUAUAUAAAUAUAUAUACAUACUAUUCUGCUGAUCUCGAGAUUUAGUUGCUAUCAAGUGCCUACGGUGGUGCUGUCUAAGUUUUUUUCUUUUUGCCUCACAAUCUUUGUUGGUGACAUGUGCUAAUAUAAAAAGCUUUAAAACAAGACAAAAAACUUGCUUUCUCUUUUCCAUUAGAACGGUGUUCUACAGCGGUGUCUGUUUUGUGCUCUCUGUGAACAGUUGUGGUUAAUUUGAGAUAAAUUACAUUUAUUGACAUAAUUACAGUCAGUCUUCAUUACCAAACACAGGUUUUAUCCGAGUUUAUCCUUGAUUACAAUAACAUUACCGUACUUGGUUGCCGUAAUAGCCUUUCCACUGUAGAUGAAAUCAAAAAAAUCAACCACUACUUUAUGGUGUGACUUCAGUCCAAACAGUACAUUCCCAUGUAAUUGCUGUUGAAUUAUUGUUACAGUAAAUCAGAGUGUUAAAAAUCAUAUACAAUUCUACCAUUAUUUCUUUUGAUGUUCUCUAUUUGAAAACUCAGGAAAGUGAUACUGAUAUGUAUAGUACCUCAUAAGCUUGUGUAAAACACACUACAAGAGCAUUUGGCUUGAAUUUGAAAUUCCAUCUUUAAACAGAGAAAGGCUAUAUAAUACCUCAAAAAGCUUGAGAUGAAAUGUGAAGGUUCCUGUGAUGAAUGUAUGAAAGUAAUUCUGCAUUAUGUACAAGACAAAAAAGUAAUUUGUUUGGGUUUUUUGUGCUUUAGAUUGUGGCGAUGCAAAGCUGCGAGAAAUUCGAGAAAGGUGCAGACAAACAUCUCGGGGUUGAGGAAGACAACCGCCCCGAGCUAUUUCAUUCCAUCCUGCUGCUGCUUUAUCAUUAAUGAAACAUAAGGAUUAUGUAUAGCCUAAGUUCCUUUCUACCUCAGUUUGUUACUUAUCUCUGAAAGAAAAAUUCAAGAAGACAGCAAAAUGUCAGCACCUAUUCUGCUUGUUUGAUGAGGAAACCUUCUGAGAGAACACCAAACUGUGUUUCAUUGUGUGCAAAAUCUAUUAGCUUUACUUUGUGAUAACUAAGAUUUCUCACCACAUAAUGCACUUAAAGGGGAAUACCACUGAGUACCUGGUUUGAGACACACCAUGCCUUUGCCUUAGGUCUGUUUUAGGUAAUAUUCACCAGUAGAUCUUAUUGCAAUUGCUCAUUCGCCCCUGAAUAUAAUACAUCUACAUGUGCAACAGUGUUAGGCAUGCAUUCCCUGCCUUAAAAGCUUUCCUGUCAUUUUAAUAUUUAACCUAGAGCAGAUUUGGUUUGGCUUUAAAUGUGACGUUCAUGAAUUGAGUGGCAUUCCUUUUUAAGCGCAUAUCUUAAAGGCAAGUUGAAAUGUUAUUUUCAUUCUCAUGUUGUCAUUGUCAUGUUUAAAAUGUUGUGUUUACGGUUCAUAUCAAUCACAACAUGCUGCCAUUUAUCAGUAUAUUCCUGCUCAGCAUUGAAAAAUUUGGACUGACAGCAGAAUCAUCGAGUGCAAACAUUAUUGAAUGUAUUACGUCCUCGGAGCAGUAAGGAAAGCAAAGCACUCGCACAAUGAAAAAUGCCACUGAAGUAGAGAGCACUGUAGGUGGAGGUGUGUUAUACUGCAGAGGCACUAAAAGGACCUUGUGUUUGUUUUUCAAAGGAGUUCCCCUCAUGUUUGUUGACUAUUAUUGCACGUUUUUCUUGUUCUGUUUUUAUUAUUGAAAAUGCCGUCUUGUUUUGGUAUCAUUAACUCCUCUAGAGCUGCACUAGGAUGUACCUGGAGGAUCAAAAAAUAAAGAGAAAUUACACAGCAGAAAAAAGCUGGGCGCUAAAUCUCAUACUUGAUUCAUGUUACCUUAUUUGAAAUUAUUACCCGACCUACUAAUCACCUGGCUCUGAUUGGUCGAAACCCUUAUCAUUAACUGUUAAUUGUAGAUAAUAAAAGCAAGACUGGAAGCAACCUCAAAUCAACCUAUGGAAAAGAGUCUGACACACUUAUACAGCUGGUAUUUUUACCCCUCCUCAUUGACAGUUUGACAAAAAAUGAUAAAAGUCUCCAUUAGCAAUGGUAGAGCAGGUGGUGGCUUUUCUAUAUUAAUGUAUUUGAAGCACACUAAAGUAGAUUUAUAAUUAAUAGGAUGUUAAAACACAAGGAGCUGAGUGAAGAAGACAUCCACCAAAUUGAAGAAAUCAGACAUCAAACCUAUAUCUCAGUAGUGAUACUGGACUAGCUGAGUGUCAAGAAAAGGCUAAAAGAAAGUUAUAAAGAGGACCAUGUACAGAUGCUGCUGUAAUUUUCUGCAUCCGUUCAGAUUCGGAUAGAAAAAGGCUAACGCUCUUACUUUACUGUUUACCAUUACUAUCAUCUUUAAUGUGACCUGUAAUAGGUGAGAGAGCUAGUUUGAACUCAUAAGUCAAUAUUAAUGGUCAGUUUAUUUGAUAGUGGCCGGGUAAUAAGCAGGAUACUGUACAAUGAGCUAGUAAUGCCCCUUCAAGGUGGUCUCUCUCUGUGUUGGAAUUCUAUUUCCCAUGACCACCAGCUCAUUAUACAUAAUCCCUAUAAUGUUAUAACAUAUACAGUAUGUGUACGGUAUUUCCAAUGGGUCCACUCAAGGUGACAGUAAUUGGUAAAAAGUUCAGUCAACCCUCCACACCUGGGUUACCCCUGCAGCAGAACUAUUUGUUGAAUAAAAGGUACCUGUAUGUAACUAAUCAGACCACAGCCAAGAAUACGAAUGCAUGUUCUGCUUGUUUUUCUAAGUGUUGUUUGUCAGUUGAGUCCAACCUUAACAAUCCUGAAUCAUUUUUAUUUCAAUGUGGGAUUAGAAGGUUUCAUGUUCACAUCUCCAGGCUUCAUGUUGGACUCUUUGUUUUGACGAACGCUGUACAAAAGUGUUUCGCUUUAACUGCCAGUGCCAAAUCUGUUUUCACAUAAAACUGCACAGCAAGGUUUGAAAAUGAAUCACACUUGAGUUCCACAUGCAUAUCUUUGACGGGAGAACGCUUUUCAAGAAGACUUUUUUUACUGAUUUAAGUGGAAAUGUACAAAAUGAACAGAGAGCUCCUUCUAAUAUUGUGUCAUCUAUUUUUGCACUUAGAGGUGGUAAUUGGGUGAAUCUUUUCUUGAAGCCAAAGUAGAACAGCUUUCUUUUCAAUAUUCUGAAGUGUUUUAAAGACAUGUGAAUUUCAGUGUCCUUAACUUCAGCAAAUUUUUAACACUUUCAUUGGGGAUUCAGUUAUUGUGCGACAUUAUAUGAAAUAUUUUCAAGAAAUGUGACUUCAGUGAAGCAUUUGUGUUCCAGUUUUAUGCACAGUCAUGCAAAUGUGGCUAAUCUGUUAGAAAACGUCACACACACUGGAAUAGAAUAGUUCUCCUUGUCCCAGAUUGCUCACUUAAAACAAUUCAUUUUGCUCAUUGCAAGGAUUUUUCAACAAGAAGGUGAUAAGAAGCCACAAGUGCCGUUAACAAGAGCAGAUUUCACAAGUUUAAGAGGUCGACUGUUCACGGACUUACAGAGAGAUGAUUGUUAAAAAGGGGAAAUUUCCACUCCAUUUAAGUAGUACUUGUAAUCACUCCAUAACAACAGGUCUUUUCAAUUAAUUAGCUUUUUUUAAAAUUGGCAUUAUAGCACAGUGUAACAAAAGGCACAUGGAAAAGAAGUUACGUCUUUUCUCUAAAUUUUGUGAGACCCACAAACAGUUAAACCCCCUGCAGAAGAUAUGAGGCAAACUAUAACGCACUGCUUUGGUAGUUUGUGUAUUGAACAUGCUUUAAGUGUUUGCAGUUAUUAAUCAUAUAGGGGGUGAUGUGAGAAAUAAGAGCCUACAGUCACAAACAACACCUGAGCAGAACCUCUGAUAAGCACAUCGAGUCUCACAGUGACGCCAACUUGUAUUUUUUUCUGUCGGUUUUCUAUCAUUACAUUUUUGCUUAGAACAGCUGAUGACUUUUUAUGUAGUUUUAUUGUCCAGCAGUCUUUAUAACCAUUUCUACCUCAUUGCUACAUAUUGUACAUGUAGUACUUAUGUCCUGUCAUUUUGAAUGUCAUGCAUUUGUGGAUAAAAAUGGAAAAAAAAAAUAAAAAAAAAUAAAACAGGAACAAAAAAAAAAAGAGAAAAAAGAAAGCUUGCCCUUGAAUCUGAGCAGUUUACCUCAAAACGACUGUCUUUACACUGUCAAGUACAAAUCACAGAAAAUAAGGCACCUUGAGGGCAAAUAUGAAGUGAACCUGCACAUACUGACGUACAGUUUAUAUCAUGGUUUGAUUCAGUUGUGUUCUGCGUGGGGCUCCUACAAAAGGUCACCAAUGCAAAUCCAUUUCCUAAACAGUAACAAAUUGCUUUAACCCUAUGUUAAUAUUGUAGUGCGCAUGUUAAUGUGUAUGUAUGUGCACUUGCAAGUGUGAAGGGAUUACACUACGAAAUGGAAAUCUGACUUUUUACUUUUCAUAUCCAUGUACAGAGAAUAAACUUGCACAUAGCUGUACCUAUUGUACAUUUGCUAAUGAUAUACAGCAUACAUACAAAAAAUGCAGCCACAUACAUGUUUAUAUGUGUGUAUGUAUUGCCAUACUUACAGUACAGUCGAUUUAAAUGUAUUUUAAUUUCAAGGUACAUAAAAGUUAUUGAAAUACUGAAUAAAGAUGUUUUCUUUUUUUCCUGAAAACUGGAUGCAUUUUGUACCUUUACUUGAUUAAAUUUGCAAUGGUGUGAUGAUUGCAGCCUGUGCUAUUUCCAUUACAAGCUUCUUGUGUAAGCAG